AGACGUCUCAAGGACCUCUAAAAAUCAUAUCCUUUACCGCAAUCUUUACCUUGCGGUCCACCAAAACGGCGAAGUAGAAGUAACGGGAGACAUACGAAAAUCAACAUCGUGACAUCUGAAUCUCUCUUUGACUUAGUCAGAAAACCAAAAAGUUCUGUGCAUUCAACUUGCUUCACUUCUUAUCCUGCAUUUCCUCUACUGUACCAUACGCGAUGUCGGCAAGUGAGCUACGGCAACUCAUACCCUUUCUGCACGAUAAAAACCCUCAGGUUCGCCAGAUUGCCCUAGCGAACCUUCUUGGGCACACACCAAAGGAAUCUCCCAAUCGAAGCAUCUUCCUUGAUGGACUGCGCCACGGUGGACUUGAACGCCCACAGGACACCGAGAUCAUUCGCGCAUUGAAGUUACUAUGUCGUGAUCAACUAGCCACCGCUCACGAUGCAUUUCGAGCGCUGGUCAAUCUUUCAGAUGACUCGCUGUUUAUCAAUGCCCUCUCAGAACCUUCCUUCCUGACCUUCCUUGUGUCUUAUAUUCUCAAUGCUCAAUCAACAUUGGCUGACCUUGCCUCGAUGCUUUUAUCAAAUAUCACCUCCUCCCCCGCCGCUUGCUCAGCGAUCUUGUCAUUCAAUGUAUCAAUACUUCCCGAUCCAAAAUCGCCCACUUCAUAUUACCCCGUAGACUCUCGCGCGGGGACCUGCCCAGCGCCCGUUCCGUAUCCUUCAGAAGAACCGAAAAGUAUACCCGCGCUUCCAUUACUCCUCGACGCGUUCUUGCAAGCAGCCCGUGUGGAAGAUACUGAAGACAAGUCAAAACAUAAGCGAAAGGCCGAACUGCACUUCUUGUCAAGUGUGUUCGCAAACGUCAGCAGAACACCAGUAGGAAGGAUGUUCUUCUUGACUCCUCGACCCGCCAACCCCCUGCAAGCAUCAGGAGAUCCUGAAUAUCCAUUGUCCAAGCUUUUGGUCUUCACGGAACAUAAGGAUGUCAUUCGUCGUGGAGGCGUCGCAUCCACCCUGAAAAAUUGUGCCUUCCAGAUCCAAGCUCACCGGGCGAUUUUAUCCCCGGAUACUGUCAAAGUCACCAUACCUCCUUCGACGAUUGAGGCUCCAGGAAUAACCGUGCUUCCUGAUCUUCUCAUGCCAUUGGCUGGUCCAGAGGAGUUCGACCUCGAAGAUCAAGAACUACUCCCGGCGGCACUGCAAUUCUUGCCUCCUACAAAAACGAGAGAACCAGAUCCCGUCAUCCGCCUUACUCACGUUGAGACAUUGCUUCUGCUAUGCACGACCUUCUGGGGACGAGAGUAUAUGCGUGCGAAUGGCGUAUACCAGAUCAUUCGGGCCCUCCACGAGAGCGAGGCUGACGAUAAGAUUGCAGAACACAUUGAAAGGCUCGUCAACUUCCUUCAGAGAGACGAAAGCUCCGAGUCGAGAAAGGAUGGUCUUGAAUUCACCGACGCAGUCGUAUCCCAAGAUGCACAACCCGAUGAUGACGAAGAUAGUCGAAUCGAAGAAGUGUAAAAGAAUCUGCUCCCAGCUAUAUCUAUAAACGUCGUGAUCUGUUGUAGCCAUAUGUACGUUCCUCACUACUGGAAGGGAUUUUCAUCGUGCAAGAUGGCAAAAACCGUAGGAUUCCAUAGCAUAUCCGGUACACAAUCCUUUGGUCCACUAUUUCUACAGGUACUUCUUGUAAAACUUGACACUUGCUUCAAAGGCUCCCUCCUUCCCGGCUUUGAUCUUGGGGU